CAAAAACAAGUUUCUGUAUUAUCUUCUAAUAAUGCAACUAAUAAUAAUAACCUUCAACAAUCUUUAUCAGAUAAAAAUUCAUCUUCUACUGAAUCAUCUGAUAAAAGUAGUUCACGAGAAUUUCGGUCUACACUACCUAUUAAUGAAAUUGUAGAUGAUGAUAAUAAUGAUACUCAACAAUCUUUUAAUAUAAUUGAAGUUGAUGAUAAUAAUGAUACUCAACAAUCUUCUG